AUGGCUUCAAAGAAACUCUUAUGCUUUCUUAUUGUCUAUUUCUUUGCCUUGGGAAGUGCUACCUACUGUAACGACGACAGCGAUUGUUUCAACAGUGAGUCCUGUUGUUCAGAUAAAGUCUGUAGACAGAAAUGUUACUACUGUUCGUACGACUACCAGUGUGGAACAAAUGAGCAAUGCUGUAUUGGAGAGGAUUGUUGUGGGGGAGUUUGUUCGUCAUCGUACUGUGGUUGGAGUGGCGGAGCUAUUGCAGGCGCUAUUAUCGGCACAAUUAUAUUCUUCGCCAUCAUCAUUUCCAUUGUGUCCUGUCUCUGCUGUGCUUGUUGCCCGUACUACCGCUAUCGUACACCCGGUACUGUGGUCGUCACCGGCCAACAGCCACAACAACAAAUGGUCUCAACUCACACACACUUGACGACGCAACAAGUACAUCCUCCUCCGCCGGUGAACUACAAUCAGCCUCCUCCAGCUGGUUACAACCUGCCUCCUGAAGGCUUUAGUCAGGCACCUCCGCCUUACCUGAGCUAUCCACCGCCACCAAACCAAUAUCCUCCACCGCCGGGACAAGCUCAAGCGGCGCCGAUGCCGGCUGCAAUAAACGCUGGACAACCGAACAAGGUCUAA